CUGAGUCCACUAAUUAGAAAGUAAAAGAGAGGCUUUCACCUGAUGAAUAAGAAAGUGCUCUGACUGGUUUUUCCCUUGUGUUUGCUGAUCAUCUGUCAGCUGAUGUCCUGCAGUCAGUCUACUUGAAGAUGAAUACACAUUGAAGCCACAUCUAUCUCCAAGCAUAGCUGAAACAUAUCGACAAGCAGAGCUGAGAAUCCUUUUUUUUAAGUGCUGUACAUGGCAGGGGAAGAUGUUGCUACCAGCUACUUUAGGGAACUCCUGGUGGGACAUUCGGAUACCAUUCUCAGAGGAAGUUAAAUACUGGGCUUUAGGGAUGUCUGUGUUACUUUUUCUCAUUGCCAUCUGUAUUCUGAUAUGGCAAACUCAUCGAUACUGCACACAACUGACUGCUUCUAAGCAUACUGUUAAUAGCACACUUUUAGACAGCCAGUCUGCAAAAAAUGAAACAUUUCAAAGCUCACCGAUACCCAAUUACCAGCUGUGUUUCCACCAUGAUGAAGUGGGAUCCUUAAGUAGCUGUCUGUACAGCAGCUCUGAUCUGGCCAACAGUACAGACAGUCUCGAGGAUGUGGAUGAGGAACACAUUCAGGGCACGCUGCGCUUCUCACUCUUCUAUGAUCAGCUGCAGUCUCGGUUGGUGGUGACUGUAUUGGAGGCAAGAGACCUGGCGGCACGAACGUUCAGCCAGCAUGUGGACCCCUUCAUCAAUGUACGAGUGCUAUGGGUAGCAGUGGAGGAUGAAGAGCAACAGCUGACCUGUGUACUUCAGGAGUGGCAGACACGCCCAGUCAAGGAUAGCUGCAACCCUACAUUUGGGGAUCAGUUCUCCUGCACAGUGACUGAGGAGGAAAUGCCGAGGGUCACAGUGCGGCUGGAGGUGAGAGAUUUUGAUAAAUACUCCCGACAUGGUAUUCUGGGGGAUGUCCGUGCAUCUCUGAAUGGUCUAAAAAUCUCAUCUCCAUUGGAAAUGAUGGCAGGCCUACAAAGACCAAAGAAAGACAUUGUUGGUGAGGUCCUUCUUUCUCUUAAAUAUAUGCCCACAUCUCAUAGACUGGAAGUGGGAGUCCUGAAGAUCAGGACAGUUUUCCGAUCUAGUAAGGUGGAAAGAACUUUAUAUGCCAGAACCAAAAUUGUGUGUAACCAGUGUAGGAUUAGACAUCAGAAAACCUCUGAGAGGACUCGUAAGGACGUGACUGUGUUCAAUGAGGUCUUGAUCUUCACACUACCAGAAUCUCAGAUUAGGGAAUGCAUCCUCACUUUGUCUGUAUAUGAGCUCUGUCCAGAAAAGAGGUCCAAGUGCUUAAUUGGACAGCUAAGCUUUGGGAAGAGUCAAAGUGUGGAGGAUGAGCACUGGAGAAUGAUGAUGCGUGCACUUCGACAGCCAGUAGCCAAAUGGCAUUUCCUGUACUUAUAAAUGUAACCACAUCAUGGAAAUAAUUACGGACUUGACACAAUGAGCAGUAUUGCAUUAUAAAGGAAAUAAUUUUUAAACAAUAUUAAGAAGCAGCACCAGUGAAUUUUACCAAAAAUACUUUGUAAGAAACAUAAUAUUCUUUUUAAAAUAUGACUGACAAAAGUGGUUGUCACUCCAAAAAGUUUAACUUAUUCAAACCAAAUCCUGUGACAUCUUCAGAAAUUUAAGGCAUGGACUUUUUGAUCAAAAUACAUAAUUGUUUUUAUUUCCCCUAAUAGAUUAUAUUUAUAUGUACCUUCUUCUCUGUAUCUGUCAUUGCACCAGAUUCAUGCUGUAAUUAUAAUUGUCAUUGUAUAUUACAUUCAUGCUUAAUUACUGAGAUUUUUUUUUCUUUUAUACCAGUAAGUAAGAAUCACAUAGCCUUCUGCUUAAUUGUUCAAAAAAAGGUAGUCAAAACUAGAAAAAUAGUGGUCUUUGGACUUUCAUAUUUCAAGAUAUGUUAUCACAAAUUAAAUCAUGUGAAUAUGCAAAAAUAUAU